AAAAAAAAAAAAGGAAAAAAAAAAGUGUGUUCGUUGGUAGGAAAAAGGAAAAAAAAAGCGUUUAUUUAAAUAUUAGCAUAUAAAUGGUUCAACUAAUAAAUAAUUUUACCUUAGCAUGUGUGGAAUCACAUCAAAAUGUUAAAGCACAAUUAGAAUGUGUAUGUGAUUUUCGAAUAAACGAAAAUAAUUGUUUAGAAUCUUAUUUAUUAAGGACGGGAAGUUGGAUUCUAAUUCCUUAUGCCUCAUUUAUUGCUGUAACUUCUAUAAUAUUUUUAUGGUAUAGGAUAUAUUAUAAAGGACAAUCUUUAUUAUUUCCACCUUCAAGAGAAAGAGGUAUUAUACGUCCAAGACCUCAUGAUGCAUUUCAUUUAGUAACACUCACUUUCAGUAUAUUACAUGUCAUUCGUCAAAUUUUUUUAAUAAGAGGAGCAUAUUCAAGUUCAAUAUGGGCGGAAAUUGUGGAUGAUCUACCAAGACAAACAUCGUUUUCAUUUUCGAUAUUAUAUCUUGUUGGAAUCAUAUAUUCAAUACCUACAUUGGAACCUGCAAGAAUUGAUUAUUAUAGACGAUAUAUACCGAAUAAAUAUUUAAUUGAUAUCGGAGCAACAUUCUUAAUGAUUGGACCAUAUAUAGUUAAUACACCAAUAUCAUAUUAUAUUGGAUAUUAUGCGGAUAUUGAAGAAAUUCCGUAUAUAUCUAUUAAAUUAUUUACAACAAAAUAUUUAAUUUGGAUUUUUUGGUUAACAACAUAUUUAACAAUAUUAUUAUAUUUUUGGCAUAGAUUAAAUUCUUUAUUAAAAUAUCAUAUGAAUGAUUUAAAAGAAAUAUCAGAUAAACCAAAUGGUGAUUUCACUUUACAAUGGAAGCGUGAAACUUUAAAAGUUGCUUCCAUAAAUUUAUUUACAGUUGUUAUGGUUUUCGUAUUCCUUGGAUUUCUUUUUAUAAUAAUUUAUUUUAUUUUUGGAAUUUCUUAUAAAUCAUCAUUUAAAAAUAAUGAUUCAAUUAAUGUUGUUUAUUUUAUUAUUUGGAAUUUUGUUGAACCUAUUAGUCUUCAAAUAGCUCAAUUCAUAAUCAUAUACAAUGCUGUAAGACCAACUCAAAGUAAUGCUCCAUUUGGUAGAAUGAUGAGUGUUGUCAGAAGGCCAAUAUCAACGGAAAUGUCGUCAAAAUCACGAAGUAUUCAAAAAAUUGGAUUCUCAUCAUUUUCUGAGAGACCAAGGUCAGAAUCACCAUCAUCAUCGAAGAGAUCAAAGAGAUCAAAGAGAACACUUCCUGAAAUACAAACACAAACAAAGUCAAUAAUUGUACAUGAUGAUCAUCCAUUACCAACUCCAUUCACACCUUACACAUCAGGAUGGGAUGAAUUGUUAUUUUAUGAUAAUUUAGGAGAUUUUUUAUCUGGAGAAAUUCCAAUUGAACAACAUCAAAUUACACAUCAUAGAUCUGAUUCAAGUAUUGAUAUUUCAAGUUUGGCUUCUACAACUUAUUUUUCUACAACUCAAAGUGUGCAUAGUAAAAAUGAUUCCGUUUCCGUUUAUAGUUUUUCAAAUAAUAGUAAAAGAUUGACCCCGAUUAAUGGAACUGGAACUGGAAAUAAUGAAAUUUUGAAUAAAAGUUCGAAUCAUUCAUUUUCACAUUAUUGAUUAUUAGUAUAAGAUAUAAAGUUAAAAAUUUAAAAAUGAUAAAUUUAUUAUGUUAC